AUAAUUCAGAAGUUAAACAUUCAUCAUUUUUGAAAGAAUGUUUUCCAGUAUUUAAAGAGCUUCUUCUUUUUGGUUAUUAAUUGGUGUUAGUAUUAUUUCUUGUUUUAGUCAUUCUCCCUUGGAAUAUUGAUGUUUUUAACACAUUUAGUUGCCUUUGUAAAGAUAGAUUAUGUAUUACGAUGGUUAAUUCCACUUUCUUUUGGUCUAUUAAUAUUUUCUAUAAUAUGUAUUGUAAUAGCAAUAGGUAUUGCAGGUGGAAAAUUAGAUGAAGAUGCAUAUCAUCUUCGUUUUCGUUGGUCUUCUAUUGAAGAUUUUUCUAUAAAUGGUAUUUAUUAA